AUGCUUCGUCCUCUAGUCAUGAAAGACAAGCGCACGUUUACCAAUGACCGACUUGAUUUCUUAGCUAUAAUAACAACGAAUUUCAGUAGUGCAGCAGUUGUUGCCCUCAAGUCGAGCCUUAUUGUCGUUCUGGACAGUACACUACAGCUGACUGAUGAUCAAAUUCUCCGUCUGGCUGACAGCGCAGCACGUGAAUUCAAUUGUUGGUUUGGUAUCGGUACACUGCCCGAGGCAGCGCGUAUUCAACCCUCCUUUCUUGCAUCACAAGCAAAUAAAGAAUUUUCUCUCAAAUUGCCUAACCUCACACCAUCGGGACACAUCUUGAUUGAUCUAGAGGACUCGUCUUGUCUAAUUGAGCUUAAGAAAGAGCCUGCCAUCAAACUCAAGCUACAAGACGACGAAAAAUCUCAUCAUCAGCAGUAUCAACAUUACCCGAUACCUCCAUCAAUGGUGGCUAAUACGCAAAUGAAUUCGAAUCAACAAAAUCACUCGAUUUCCUCGUGUUUUGUUCCCCCUCCCCAACAUCAAAUUUUGGCAAGUAAUAGUUGUCAGGGUCAACAUCCAUUUUCAUCGAAUAUACCUUAUACGAUGUCCAAUAAUCAAAUAUAUGGUCAAUCGUUGCAAUUUAUAAAUAAUCAACAAUCUUGGUCGGGUCAAAAUCCACAGGAAGUAUCACAGCAGCGGAGCUUGCCUGGUGAAUCUCUAGCCUGUCCUCAAGUGACAACCUCGCCUUCAAGGAAUAUGGAUUAUUAUGAUGGCUUCAUCGAAGUCAAUCAUAAAAAAAAGAAAACAAAGAUGGUACACAAUGAGAAUCUUCAAAAUCAUAUUGUUAAUGGUAUCAGUCAACAAGCACGUCGUUUUGCAGAAACCAGAUACCCCUUCCCACCGUUUAUCAUUCGCUUUUCUCAAGAUGUGACUGAAAGUAUAAUAAUAUCUGAUCUAAAAAAUCACUUCAGAAAUCAACACGAUGUGACGAUUGCUCUCAUCGGUCAUCGCCUCAAGGAAAGGCGUGAUCUAUUACUAUUCGUCGAGAAUCGAGAAUCCUUCCUAUUGUUACUUGACGAAAAUAAUUGGCCGAUAACAAUUAGUACAUUAAAAUACGGAAAACAUUUUCCAAAAUAUCUACCACCAUAG